AUGGCGCGCCGCAGCCCCCGCGCUCCGUGCCUCCUCCUUCUCUUGUUCCUCGUCGUUCUCGUCGUCAACCCUGCGCGCGCCGCCUUCCCUUCUCUUCCGCGGCGGGCGAUGAUGUGGGCGGAGGGUCCUGCCGACGCGCCGAGUCGCCACGGGCUGCGGGGUGUGCCAAGGGUGGCUUCUGCCGACCCGGCGCCGCGGAGGGCGCUGAUUUCCGCCGCGGGCGUCGACGGCGCCCCGGAGACGCUUUCCGCGCGCGUGCUUGAAGAGGCGAGCGCGGACGGCGGAGACGGGAUGGCGGAAGGCGGAGAGGCAGAGACUUUUGACGAGGGGAGAGUGCUGGCGUCAGAAGAGUCGGGGGGAGCGGAAGAGGAAGUGUGGGAGGGCGCAAGUGCUGCUGCGGAAGAGGCGGAAGAAGGUGUGGCGGAAGAGGGAGAAGCGGAGGUUGGAGAGGAGUUUGAAGAGGGCCGGCUUUUGGCGGAGGAAGGAGAGAUGGGGGAGGAGGCGGUAGAGGGGGAGAUGGGGGAUGCGGGGGAGGGGAUUGAGGAGGGGAGGGUGUUGGAGGACGAAGUGGAGGGAGAGAAUGAGGAUGAGGAGGAGGGGGAGAUGCAGGAGGGAGAGGGGAUUGAGGAAGGAAGGGUGCUUCAGGAGCAAGGACCGUCCGAGGGGGUUGGUAACCUGGAGGCAGACGAGGAAGAGGACGAGAUGCAGGAGGGGGAGGAGGUUGAUGCGGGCAGGGUGCUUCAGGAGCAAGGAGAGUCCGAGGGGGUUGGUAACCUGGAGGCAGACGAGGAAGAGGAAAAUGAGGAGGAGGGGGAGAUGCAGGAGGGGAGGGCAUUGGCAGAGCAAGACGACGGUGCGGAGGAGGGUGAGUGGGAUGAGGAUGCUGAGAAGACUGAGGAGGAGGAGAUGCAGGAGGGAGAGGGUCUUGAGGAGGGCAGGGUGCUGGCGGAGCAAGGCGAUGGUGAGGAGGAGAGUGAGUGGGAUGAGGAUGCUGAGGAGGAGGAAGAUGAGGAGAUGCAGGAGGGGAGGGUUCUGAUGGAGGGCGACGGAGAGUCUGAGGAGGUUGGUGAUUUGGAGGCAGAGGAAGACGAGGAUGAGGAGGAGAUGCAGGAGGGGAGGGCGCUGAUGGCGGACGAAGGCGAGUCCGAUAAGGUUGGUGCUGUGGAGGGAGAGGCGGAGGAGGAGGACGAGGAGGAGGGGGAGGAGGAGGGGGAGAUGCAGGAGGGGAGGGCACUGGCGGAGCAGGAGGGAGAGGAGGAUGAGGAGGGCGAGGAGGGAGAGAGUGUUGGGAGUGAGGAGGAAGAGCAGUGGGCUGAGGAGGGGAGUGAGGAGGAGGGGAUGGUGGAUGUGGCUUAG